AUGGACGAUAGGAUACUAAGAUUCAUCCAGGAGAAUCCUAGCCAUACCUUAUACCGCCACCGGCCUUUGGAAACAGUCCAUUCUUUCCGUCUAAUCGAGAUCCUCCCAGGAACUGCCGACGCGGAAGUUGCGGUCAAAGUCGACAACCAUUGUCUCAACAAUGCACCUCCUUACUCAGCCUUGAGCUACACCUGGGGAGAGGAGACUGGGAUCGUUUACAUCUCAUGUAACGGCUCCGAUCUCCCAGUCACCGAGACAUUGGCGAACGUCCUUCGGCUUUUCCGAUCGUCAGAUAGGUCAGAGGUCUUCUGGAUUGACCAGUGCUGUAUUGACCAGUCGAAUACUCAGGAAAGGUCCAGACAAGUCAAUUUGAUGUAUAGCAUAUAUUCUUCCGCGCAGACGAUUGAGGCCUGGCUGGGGGCUGAUUCUUCGAAACUAGGUCCAACCUUGCGAACGCUCUUGAUGCAGAUCGACUGUGCGAUAGACUCCAUUGCAACUAUUGGUGUGGAACAUCUGGCCGCAGGUAGCAAAAUCUCUGUCACUGCGGAGGAAGAUUCGAUUCCUGGAACUAAGCCGAUAUACGACCUAACUAAAGCCAUCCCCACGUUCUCUGGAGAGGAGUUUCUCAAAUGCCAUGGCCUUCCCCUUGCAGAUUCCUCCGACUGGAAGUCUUUAUGGGAGUGUUUGACAUCCAGAUACUUUUCGAGAGUGUGGACGAUCCAAGAACUCCACGCAGCUGGAGUUGCUCGAUUGCGCUGGGGUCAAUCUGAAUUAGAGUGGCCGCUCUUGUACAAUGCCAUCCGAUUCUGUGAGACUUACUUUGUUCACCCAGACCUAGUCGCCAAGCCACCCAAUGAAUGGCACAUAUUGGUAGCUCCGUUUAUCAAGGAGAAGGAAGGACCACGCAGUACAUUACUCCGAUACCUCUUGGAUUCGACUGUUCACAAGUGCGCUGAUAAGAGAGACAAAAUAUUCGGCCUUGUCGGUGUUUGUUCUACGAUCGGCGUCUCUAACGAACACUUCAUCCAGGACACCCACAAAGUUGAUGCCUCAGAGAGGCUUCAGGCCGACUACAAUCUCACAUGGCAGGAGGUUAUGCGAGAUACCUGCAGAGCGAUCUGUUACGCAAGCACAACCCUUGAGAUUCUCUGCUACGUCAGCCAUAAUUCCCUACCGCCAACCAACGGCCUGCCAUCAUGGAGCCUUUCGCCCGAUAGAGAAAAUUCCAUUCCAGAGGUGGACGCUGGGUUCUUCUCUUCCAAUUUAGUAGCUUGCGGACAAUCGCUUCCACGGCUUGGGAAUCUGCUCGACGACGGCCCAGAGAUCCUCAGAGCAAGAGGAAUAAGGGUGGAUCGGGUCCUCGCCGUGACCGAACCAAUUCCCCUUGGAUAUCAGGAAUCAAUGCAGAUAUACCUUCCAAGUGCUGAGAGAUUCGAGGAUGCUUGGAUGCUGAUGAAAUCAUCACUCAUAAACCCAGAGCAAGAUCCGGAAGACCUCGAUCCAGUGGCUGUAUUGGCUAGUCGCGUUCCGGACUUCAUCGAAACCAUAUGUUGCAGCUCUCGUGAACGGAUGACUUCGGACGAUAUCCGCGAGGAAACAGUCUAUUUGUACGCUGCUUACCAACUUGAGAGCGCGCUUGCUCGGGUGCGAGAUUAUUGCAGGCAGCCAACGGAUUCACCCCUGAGCAACGAAUUGUUCUUCCCCGAAUCAGGUGUUUUUGCAGCCACGUGUGCCGUUUAUCUUGACGCUGUUUCCCAUGAUCCAGAUGUGAUCAGAGACACAAUGGGCACACAUGUUGCGGCGGAAGUAGACCAAUGUCGGAAGCUUGUUGAUAACAUCUUCGCAACCUCGGCGGCCGACGAGAAAAGCGCAAUGUUACAGUCUCUCGUAUUUGGGCUCUGUGUGGUCCGACAGAAGAACGUGGAUUGGAGGCAAUUUGGUGACAAGUGCUGGGACGGGAAGGAGAGAAGCUUUUUCACUACAGAAGGAGGUCGCAUUGGGCGAGGGGCCAAACUAUUGCAACCAGGAGAUGACAUCCAUGUCCUUUAUGGAGGACCUGCGCCGUUCGUGAGUCGUUCCAGGGAAGACGACGCUAGAUGGCUUAUUGGGGCUUGCUACUUGCACGGAAUGAUGGAAGGAGAGGCAAUAGACGAGAUGUCCGAUCUCGGUCUUGUUGAGGAGGAUUUGGUAUUAGCGUAG